CUCCUCUUCAGCUCGCCGCCGCCCUUCUUUCUCCUCCAUCCAGCUUCUCCGCUCUGAUUUCCCCUGUUCAGCUCGGCGGCAAGCUUCUUCCUCCACCAUCAUCCUCCUCCUCACUCGUUCGCACACCUGCUCGAGCUCCUCCUCUCGAGCCCGGCGGCGGGCCUCUUGCUGCUGUUGCCGGAGCACUCACAGAUCAAAAGCUUUAUUUCUUCACUCUCUUCGCCAAGAUCUGGAACUCAAAUUCACAACUCCGUCUGCACGAAAAUGGCAUCCUAAAUUGGAGCUAAUGAUGGCUUAACUCCUUGGCAUCAGAAGAUCCGGCGAGUGGGUUAUACAAAUGGAGAGCGAGGUGCCUCGGUCAGUAGCUUUGCGCUCGAACCGGAGAGGAGAAAGGAGCAACCAAAUCCCUAUUUCCAGAGAUGACCAAGAUGGGUUCUUUUCGCCUGGGAAAGUGCCCGCUGAUUACCCGAUCAAAUUGGUGUGGAAGAGAGGGUUCGUUCGGCUGGUGUUCGUAGCAGGGAUCGUUUGGAUGCUGCUCAUUCUCAUUGUACUGUUGUUUCAUGUCUGGUCUUGCCAAUCUUCUUACGAUUUCUUUUCAGCUAUUUGUAACAAAGAAAGCAAGGUAUACGGCCUUUUAAACACAUGGGGUUUUGUACAGCAACAGCAUCGUUGCCCAAUACCUGUUGUAGAUGACCCCAACAAGAUAGUUAUUCCCGAGGGAAAGACUUCGGACAGUAUAAUCACUCGUCUUUCGUAUAUUACUGAUGAUGACGAGCCUCUCAAUAAUGGAUCGUCAUCACCUUUAUUUGGAGGACACAUAAGCUGGGCAGAAAGAGAGGAGAGUUUCAAAAUAAAACCCUCCAUGAAAGUUCAUUGUGGAUUCAUACGUAACGGUGGUGCAGAAAUGGACCCCAAUGACAUUGAGUAUGUCAAGAAGUGUAGAUUUGUUGUUGCUUCUGGAAUUUUCGACGGUUAUGAUGUGCCCCACCAGCCCUCUAACAUAAGCCAUCGUUCUAAGGAGCUCUUCUGUUUUCUUAUGGUGGUGGAUGAGGUGUCUCUCGAGUUCAUUAAGGAAAACACCACUAUUAGGACGGAUAGUAAAGGCGGUCAAUGGGUUGGAAUCUGGCGUCUUAUCCCGUUGAAGAACCCGCCGUAUGAUGAACCCAGAAGGAAUGGCAAAGUCCCCAAAAUUUUAACCCACAGAUUGUUCCCUCAAGCUCAAUACAGCAUUUGGAUAGAUGGUAAAAUGGAGCUUAUUGUCGAUCCUCUGCUAUUACUGGAAAGAUACUUAUGGAGGGGGGAGAACACGUUUGCUAUUGCUCAACAUAAGCACCAUAGAAAUGUAUACGAGGAAGCUGAUGCAAACAAACGGAGGAAAAGAUAUGCUCGGCCGCUCAUUGAUCUGCACAUGAAAAUCUACAGAUACGAAGGGAUAGAACCUUGGAGCACCAAGUCAGGCACCAUCAGUGAUGUGCCCGAAGGAGCAGUGAUCAUCAGGGAACACACCGCACUCAGCAACCUGUUUAGCUGCUUGUGGUUCAAUGAGGUCCAUCUGUUCACUCCUAGAGACCAGCUUAGCUUUGGGUACGUGGUGCACAAGCUAGGCGUCAAACCAUUCAAGCACUUCAUGUUUCCUAAUUGCGAGUACAACUCGCUGUUUGUGCUGCAUCCACACACGAGGGAGCAUUCGUCGAAGGUAGAGUGGGUGAAGAGUUUGAGCGAGUUUAAGGGGAAGGGUAGCAGCAUGAAGGAGAGUAGGGGUGGGUUAGGCUUGUGGACUCCUUAUCCUGGCGAUCUUAGUUCUGUUGUAUUGCCCAAAGUUGUACGAACAUCAAAAGCAGGGUAAAGCUGAUGCCGAAUGCAGGGUUCCACUUUCAACACAUUCAUUAUGUUUUCGUCCAACGGCCUUCUGCUCCAUCUAGCUUCACUAACAAGUAACAGCAGGAGAAUUAACUCUCUGC